AUACGAAACUAGAAUAUUAGAACCGAGCAAAACACAUAAAUUCCCAGAUUACCACAGUACGCAAUUCGUGACUAUUAAUAUACGAACUCGAUUUAUCAAAAUUGUUAUUGAUCUUUACUGCUUUCGGACAUAAUUCUUCAUGGGUUCCUUCCAAAAAUUAGUCUUCGUCUUCUUAUUCUUUUCGUUUCAAGAUUUGGUUACAAGUGUUGAAGAUAAUUGUCCAAUUGCUAGCUGUAGUGAAAAUUCAUUAACUCCAACAGUUCAAUACCCAUUUAGUAUUCUUAAAGACAAUAAUCAACGCAAAGAGAUCAGGAAAGAUUGUGUUUAUCCUCAUGGGUUUGAUCUAUCUUGUAGAAACCGAAACGAAACGAUACUCAAACUCCCAAUUUCCGGGGAAUUUGAUGUUCGAGAUAUAAAUUAUUUUACGCAAAGGAUACAACUCUCUGACCCCGGUGAAUGUCUUCCGAGACGUUACCUUCAAAACAUAAGUCUAUCUGGUACACCAUAUGUUAGUGAAGCGUACAAAUUUUAUAUUUUCAGCAAUUGUUCCACCGAAGGGUACUCCAAUCUUACGCAAACAUACGGGAAAAUGUCGACUUCGAUUUUCUACCCAAUUGAUUGUCUUAGUAGUUCAACGCACACAGUAUUGGCGACAGUUUCUACGAAAAAUAUGAGUAUCAUUCAUUCGAUGAACACAAGUAACUGUAAGGUAAUCGAUUCCAAUGUUACUGCUCCAUCAAAGUCGGACUGGUCCUCCAAUGGAGAUUUUCAUCCGUUCUCAGAUCUUUAUCUUACGUGGGUUUUACCUGAGAAAGAACGUCGAGAUCUUUCAAAAGGACUUCUCAGUCUUCUGAUCAUUGGUGCCGGACUACCAGUUUUUAUUGGCGUUCUUUGGUGCUGUCGAUAUGGAUUCACAGGUUACGGUUACAACGAUCCCAAUGACCACCAAACACAAACUGAAUUAUCAACAUCUGGUCUUGUUAGGAAUGGUCUUGACGAAUCUAUUAUACGAUCAUAUUCGCGGACAAUUCUUAGCGAAAGUCCGAAAUUUCUUGAUCCAGAAAAUACAGUGUGUUCUAUAUGUCUUGCAGAUUAUAAACCUAAAGAUACACUAAAAAGCAUGCCUGAAUGUAACCACUACUUCCAUGUCGAUUGUAUCGAUGGAUGGCUUCGUAUGAAUGGGUCGUGCCCUGUUUGCAGAAAGUCUCCUCUUCGAUCUCCACUUGUUGUUCCUCCAGCUUAGACUUUUUCGUUUUAAUGUUUUUUAUUGCUUUAUUUUUUUAAUGAAGGUAUGAAUAUGAAUAUAUACGGACGGAGUGGUGUUCAUGCAGAAUUCUAGCCUCGCAAAAAAAAAUUCUUAAUUAUAUUAAUGUCUGAUUUUGUAAAUAUUAUUAGUAUUAUAAUGAAAUAUAAAUUAUUAUCUCAAACAUUUAAGUUUCCUUGAA